ACAACACAAGAAGAGGGAGCUUCAUCUUCAUCCUCGUCUUCGUCUUCUUCUUGUUGAUUAAAUUCUUGUUUUGCACUCAAGAUUAAUCAUGGGACGACAAUUAUGUUUCGUCCCAUUCGUAUACGUUCUUAUAAUCACUCUGGCUUGUUCUUCAUCUUUGAUUCAUGCUAAAGUUGUCGAGCACACUUUCCAUGUGGGAAACAUAACUACCAGGAAAAUGUGUCAAGAACGCACUAUAAUAGCAGUGAACGGUAGCCUCCCCGGUCCGACAAUACUGGUAAACGAAGGUGAUACACUUAUUGUUCAUGUUCUGAACAAAUCUCCCUACGAUGUCACCAUCCACUGGCAUGGAAUAUUUCAGCUGUUCAGUGGAUGGGCAGAUGGACCGGAGUUUGCAACCCAAUGUCCGAUAAAACCAGGGCACAAGUACACAUACAAAUUCAAAGUCACUAAACAAGAAGGGACCUUGUGGUGGCAUGCCCACACAUCAUAUAUGCGAGCCACCGUGUACGGUGCUCUCAUUAUCCGUCCAAGGAUAGGCCGAAAAUACCCGUUCCCUAAACCAUAUAGAGAAGUCCCAAUUAUGAUAGGCGAGUGGUGGAAUGCCAACGUGAUGGAUGUAGAGCGGAUAGGUAUGUCAACCGGUGGUGUCCCAAAUAUCUCCGAUGCAUACUCCAUCAACGGUCGCCUUGGUGAUCUUUACCCGUGUUCUAAAAAACAUACAUAUAAGUUGAAGGUGACACCAGGAAAAACUUAUCUUCUUCGGAUCAUCAACGCUGCACUCAAUUCUCAACAUUUCUUCAAGAUCGCAAAUCACAAGUUUACAAUCGUCGCUAUUGAUGCCAGUUACGCAGAACCUUACCGCACAAGCGUAGUCGUAAUAGCUCCAGGCCAAACAGUGGACGUUUUGAUGGAGACUAAUCAACCCAUGGCAGAUUAUUACAUGGCAGCUCGUCCAUAUAAUAGCGCAGCAGUAGCUGGUCCGUUUUCCGACGACACAACCACCACGGGAAUAGUCCACUACAUCGGUGGCCCAACCAAAAAUUCAACAGCCAAAAUGCCAAUCCUACCAGCCUUGAAUGACACCGCAACAGCUCACAAAUUCUACACCAAUCUGACAGGUUUAACAACCUCGCGGUUCUUCGUUCCGGUUCCGCGUCACCCGGAUGAGAAAAUGUUCAUAACCUUUGGACUAGGAAUCAGCGUCUGCGGAACACCAAAUGGUUGUAUCAACAGUCCAUUCGGACCUAUGAUUUCAUUCGCCGCCAGUAUGAAUAACCACUCGUUCGAGCUCCCUACCAGUACAUCGAUGUUGGAAGCGUUUGCUAAUGGCGUAAAAGGAGUUUACACAGAAGAUUUUCCUGACCAUCCACCACUGAAAUUUGAUUACACAAAGGCUAACCUGAGCAGUUCGCUGUGGAUGACCGAGAAAAACACGCGGGUUAAGAAAGUGAAGUUCAAUUCGAUAGUCGAGAUUGUGCUUCAGAACACAGCCUUGCUUACUCCUGAGAAUCACCCAAUGCAUCUUCAUGGUUUCAAUUUCCAUGUUUUGGCUCAAGGGUUUGGGAAUUACAAUAACAACAAAGAUAGGAAGAAAUUCAACUUUUUUAACCCACAGGAAAGAAAUACGAUCGCUGUGCCGACUGGUGGAUGGGUUGUUAUCAGAUUCCGAGCAAAUAAUCCAGGUGUAUGGAUGAUGCAUUGCCACUUGGAUGUUCAUAUGCCGCUUGGUCUUGCAAUGGCAUUCGUUGUCGAAAAUGGACCAACACUGUCGACCAGGCUCCCUCCACCGCCGGCAGAUCUUCCUCGUUGUUGAUAGUUUUUCUUUUUUAAUUCGAUAUUCGGAAGCUGUUGAUUGAUUGAUUUAUUUAUUUUUGUUUCAAAUGGGAGUGAUGUGUCGUAGGAUUUGCUUUAUUGAUCGAGUUUGUAACAUUGCUGUGUGUGGUACAUAAUUAGCUUUAUUUUUUUUAUUUUCCCAAUUUAUCCAUUAAAAAUGGGAUAAAUUGAAUAAAAGAAGGAGAAGUUCUCUUGAUUCAAAUGUUUAAAUAAAUUUAUUUCAAGCUCUAUGGCUA